AUUACAUAACGUGUGACUCUAGGGUACGAUUAUUUCUUUUCACGACUCCCAACACUGCCACACCGUAUCAUCAACCUGACCAUAGUAUCUCAGUAGAUAUGUCUUGUUUUUCCUCACAAAAACACUCACAUAUUUUGACAUGUACAAAUAGAAUCUGAAGCUAAUAGCAAGGAGGAGCAGACAGUGAGCUGUUGUAAUGGCUCCACGAGGGAGAGCAAGUCAUGCCAACAAGGAGAACAAAGCAGGGGUGUUUUUCUUGGCUACUUUGGUGAUGUGGGGUGUCUCUGUUUUGUUUGAAAUAGUUGUUAACAAGAGGACUGAGCUCUAUUCUGUUGUUGCUGGCUACUGUUUCUACCAGUUUUCCAACUGGGUUUUCAAUACUUGGGUGUCUAGAGAUCAUCUGUUUGUCAAUACUUGUGUUUCUCUCCUCCAUUCAUUCAUUACUUCUUGUUCAGUGAUUUUCAUAUUAGUUAAUCAGUGGAUAGGAAGUGGGUCAACCGAGAUGUUUGAGCAUUCACAGUUGGUUGGCAAUACUUGGGCAUGGGCAUAUCCAGCCUUGUGUGUAUCAUGUGGUUAUUUUGCUUAUGAUCAGUGGGAUAUGCUGCGCUAUCGAUUAUAUAGUGGCUGGAUACCUUCAAUCUUGGUGCAUCAUUUGGUCCUCCUUGUUUGCUUUACUCUGGCGUUGUAUCGAAAUGUUACAAUCAAUUACCUAAUUUUGACUCUCAUAUGUGAGUUGCAUUCAAUCUUUCUACAUGUGAGAAAAGUCCGACGGAUGGCUGGUGUUCGCGAUAGCAAAAACAAAUUCGUGAAGGCAGAGUGGUUUCUUAACUGGACUGCAUUUGUUCUAGCUAGGUUAGUGUCUCAUGUACUUAUCACAGCCAAGCUUCUUAUUGAUGCUCCCAAGUUUGGGAAUGGUAUUGAACUUCCACUUGCCCUAUCUGGAAUGGCGGGUAUGAAUCUGCUAAAUAUCUUCCUUGGCAUUGAUCUCUUCAAAGCUUUUAAGAAAGAUUAUAAUCCCCCAGUGAAACGUGAAGAUCAUCAAUCAUAAAUGCUGAAAUUUAUUUGUUUACAUUAUAGUGUUGCAUUGUUUAAUUGGCAAUGUUUUUGUCCUGAUUGCCAAGUAUUUAAAACUAUAACAAGACACCAACAAUGUAAUAUAGUUUUGUUGUAAAUAGAGAGUACAAAUACCCUUCAGCGGGUUUGAACUAUA